AUGAGUUUCCCGAUCUUGGCCAACAAGGGCAUUUCAGAGGCCGUUGGUAGCACACCAUUGAUAAAACUGAACAAACUAUCCAGAGAGAUUGGUCGGAACAUUUACGGCAAAGCCGAGUUCCAAAACCCUGGAGGCUCUGUCAAGGACCGUGCCGCACUGUAUUUGAUAGAACAGGCUGAAAAUAAUGGCCAAUUGGAUCCAACUCGUCCUGCCACCAUUGUGGAAGGAUCUGCAGGCAACACAGCAAUCGGAUUGGCACAUAUAGCCAGAUCCAAGGGCUACAAAUCAAUAUUCUACAUGCCAAAUACUCAAUCAGCAUCGAAAAUCAAUCUUUUGAAAUACUUGGGUGCAGAGGUUCAUGCUGUGCCCGUUUGUCCCAUCACAGACCCAUUGAAUUUCAAUAACAGGGCCAGAGACCAUGCCAAACGUCUUGAUAACGCUAUCUGGACCGAUCAGUUUGAUAAUCCAGCUAACUGGAAAUCGCAUUACGAAACAACUGGGCCCGAGAUCUUAAAACAGCUCGAAAGUGCUGGACUAUCUUGCGACGCCUUCACAUGUUCCACUGGUACCGGUGGCACUUUUACCGGUGUUGCUAAAUAUCUGAAGGAAGCCACCAAUAAUCGUAGCCAAGUGAUUGUUGCUGAUCCACCGGGUUCCGUUAUCUACUCCUUCGUCAAGACGGGUGAAAUGAACCGUGAGGGUUCUUCGUUUACAGAGGGUAUUGGCCAAGGCCGCAUAACCAAAAACCUGCAAGCAUCGAUUGAUAUUGUCGACGACGCCAUAUUCGUUCCUGACGAAGAAAGUAUAGUCAUGCUCUUCAGACUUUUGGACGAAGAAGGACUUUUCGUGGGCGGAACCAGUGCUUUGAACGUAGUGGCAGCCGCCAUGGCAGCAAAGAAGUUACCAGAAGGUAGCAACGUUGUUACCAUUUUGUGCGAUAGCGGUCAUAAGUACGCAGACAGAGUCUUUUCCAAGAAAUGGCUAAAGGAAAAGAAGUUAUACAAUAUCAUUCCAGAGUCCUUGAAAAAGUAUGCUACUCUUGAAUGA